AUGGCGCGGGCGCGGAGGCUCCUGGCGCGCAGAGACCGCAGGCGGAGGCUGGGCACCCUGAGAGCCGUGCUCUUCAUCUUCGCCUCCGUGUGCGCCUGGUACUCCGGGUACCUGCUGGCAGAGCUCAUCCCAGACGCGCCCCUGUCCAGUGCCAUCUACAGCAUCCGGAGCAUCGGGGAGAGGCCCAUCCUCAAAGCCCCAGCCCCCAAGAGGCAAAAAUGCGACCUCAGGGCCCCCUGCCCCCCGAACACCUACGCUUACCGGUUGCUCAGCGGCAGGGGCACGGACAGCUACGCCAAAAUCUGCUUUGAGGACGAGCUGCUCAUAGGAAAAAAGAUUGGAAAUGUUGGGAGAGGAAUCAAUAUUGCCAUUGUCGAUUAUGUGACCGGGAAAGCGAUAGCAGCGCGGUAUUUUGAUAUGUACGAAGGAGAUAACUCCGGACCCAUGACCCAGUUCAUUCAGGGCGCACCUGCGAAGUCCCUGCUCUUCAUGGUGACCCACGAUGACGGCAGCACCCAGCUGCAGGAGGACGCCAAGGAGACCAUAGAAGCUCUUGGAAGCAAAGAAAUCAGGAACAUGCGGUUCAGGUCCACCUGGGUCUUUCUUACAGCGAAGGGCUUUGAACUUCCUGCAGGACUUCAGAGAGAGAAGAUCAACCACUCUGAUGAUGCAAAGGACAGUGGCUCGGGCUGGCCUGCAGAAGUACAGAUAGAAGGCUGUGUACCGAAGGAGUCAAGCUAACCUUGUGCAGACU